AUGCAGCCGGGCCCAAGAGUCAUCUUGAUCCAAACUAUGAAUGACCUAGCUGUCGGUCGGAAAUGCCCUGAAGAGGCAUUUGCUUGGGAAGGGCGGGACAAACAUCUCCUGGCAGUUUAUGGGCCUCCAAAUCCAGCCGCACUUGGCCCUGUCGAUGAUACUGAAUAUAUCUUGCUAAAUCCUGAGCCUCUCACAUUACCAUAUGCAUCUGGUGGACAGUUCGUUGAAGUCAAGAUUUACUCAUGGAAUGAAAUGACUGGACCGCUCAGGAGCGAAGAUAUUACCGUUUGGUCCAACAGCACAUCAGCAACAGACGGAAACACCAUUGUGGAAGGAGUGCAUACAUAUGAUACAAGAGAAAAGUCCCACCCUUGUUCGGUUCGUUGA